CUUCCCCGUGACGCCGCUGGUUUUUUGCGCGCGCUAUCUCAGCGGAGCAGCUCGCGUGCAGCUCUGCAGGAUGAAGCUGAGUCUGAACGCAUCGGAGCCUCGUCAUCCUCAUCCUCAGCGCGUGUGAGGUCUCCAACAGUGUGGAUAGAUCGGUCUUUCCUCCAGUCUCUCUCUCUCUCUCUCUCUCUCUCUCUCUCUCUCUUUCUUCCCAUCUCUUUUUCUCUCUCCAUGCUGGUGUUUAUCGGCUGACCCAUGGGCCGCUCUCCGGUCAGCCUGUCCAGACUGAAGCUGGGGAGAUUAAAGGUCGUGCGGCGGCAGCUACUUCAGCGCUAUGAACACCAGCCCUUCGUCUCCUGUCUGGCCGGACUGUAUGGCUGCCAGUGGAGGCGCUAUCAGAGGGCUAAAGCUCAGCCUGGAGAGUGCUGCUGCAGCCGGCUGGAGUGUGGAAGUUUUGGCCUCCUCAUCGUUACGUUUUUCCUGACGCUGGUGUUCCUGUAUUUCUGGAGCGAGGCUCAGAAUGACUACAACGACUUUGAUUGGUUUAACUUCGGAAACCUGGGCUUUUGGUUCCCCUGGUCGGUAGUGCUGCUGGUGGUGUCUGCAGCACUUUUCACCUACAUCGCCCUCCUGCUGGUCUUAGCGGUGUGCCUUCUCUCUGAGGGACAGAGGCUUUACCUACACUGGAGCCACAAGAUUGGUAUUCUGGUGACCCUCACCUUCUCUAUCAGUGCCACAGCUGUGCUCUCUGAUCUGUGGAGCAAAGAGUGGAAAACCCUCCUGCUCUCCUUUCAGGUCACAGCACCCUUCCUCCAUGUGGGUGGAGUCUUGUUAAUGACUCUCCUGUCCUGGCCAAUAGCCUUACACUUCUUUCGAAUGAAUAAGAGAGUGAGGCAGGUGAUUAUUCUGGGAUUGUACCUGGCUGUGCUCUUCACUCUGUAUCUGGUUCCACUGGGCAUGUAUUCCCCCUGCAUUAAAGAGGAGGGUACACUGGGCCCGGCGCCGAUCCUCAUCGGGCACAGAGGAGCCCCCAUGCUCGCUCCCGAGAACACGCAGCUGUCCUUCCAGAGGGCUGUGGAGGCCGGAGGAGAAGGGCUGGAGACCGACGUCACCAUAAGUUAUGAUGGCGUGCCCUUCCUCAUGCAUGACAGCACACUGAGGAGGACCACCAACGUGCACGAGGUUUUCCCCAACCGGACCAGCACCCCUGCGGCCAUGUUCACCUGGGCCGAGCUGGAGAUGCUCAGCGCCGGAGCGUGGUUCCUCACGAGGGAUCCGUUUGGGACGGCCUCGUCUCUGGACCUGGAGGAGCGCUCUCUGGUGGAGAAUCAGACGGUUCCUAUGCUGAAGGACUUCCUGGACUUGGCUGCUCAGCACGGCAGGCUGGUGAUUUUCGACCUCCGUCGUCCACCACAGGGUCAUCCGUACCACGACACGUGGAUCACCCGGAUACUGGAGGUCCUCCACAACGAGUCCUCCAUUAAUUCCAGUCAGGUGCUGUGGCUGCCAGCGGAUCAGAGGGACAUUGUGCAGGAGCUUGAUCCGGAGUUGCAGCAGACUUCCGGAGACCGAGCCUCUAUUGAGGAGCUGCAGGAGGAGCACAUUGUCCACCUCAACCUGCACUACAGCUCCUUGAGCCAGGAGCAGAUCAGUAAGUACGCCUCAGUGAACAUCAGCACUAACCUGUACGUGGUCAGUCAGCCGUGGCUGUACUCUCUGGCCUGGUGUGCUGGGGCUCAGUCCGUCACCACCAACGCUUUGCACCUGCUCAAAAACCUGCACAAACCCAUCUUCCUCAUGACUCCACAUGAGUACAGCAUGAUGUGGAUCCUGACAGAUAUCAUCUCCGCAGUCCUCAUUACAGCUGUUUUUAUAUUCCACUGGUGGCGUGAGAGAGGCUUACCUUUCUGGUCCGGCAGUAGGCAGGUGCAUGAGAACGGACCCUACAGCAAGUUCAGGACUGAUACCUCAGACGUUCAGGGUGUUCGCUGGAACCCCCUCUUCUCUGACGACACUGUGUGGACCGUAGUCUCUCUGCCUCAGGACACUGUCCACCUCCCGCAUGACAUCCCUGUGCAUGGCUACCCUGUACUGCAGAGCUGAGCGACGUUUGGUCCAUCUCCAGCCUCAGCGUCCGGGGGGAGGGGCGGAGUCAGCCAACUUCACCCAAUUUACCCACCAUUUCCGAGGAGCCGCCAGUCUGAGCCCGGCCAGGCGGAGGCACCAGAGAGGCCAGCGGUAACAGCAAAGACUUUCUGCUGCUUAAACGCUGCCCACUCGAAGCCAUUCAUCCAUUCACUCAGGCUCCAUCGCCUACAUAUUCGCUUCUGCGUUCCAGAUGGACGUGAGGGACACAUAGUCUACACAUUCAGACCACUGCUUCAUAUGCAAGUAGCCACAUACGGAGCAACCAGCAUCUUUUAACCGAAAACCAAGGAAAACAGCAUUCGUGGAACACUUCUUUAAUGAAGUUUUUAUGGUGUUAAUGGCACGAGAAGCUCCUUGGAGUCCUCUGCUGCUGAUGAGGUGAAACACAGGAAUGGGAUGUAUGGAUAUAACCCAUACUGGAGGAAGAAAAAUCUCUCUCAGUGCUCGUUCAUCAGCAUAUUCAUUACAAUGAGGCAUCAGCGGAUUCAUCGGAGUGAGAAAUGGAGGAAAACUUACUGUUCUCUGUGUCUGAAUAUGUGGAUAGACAUAUACGUGUAUAGAUAAAGAUUUUGCUACAAUAGGAUUUUAAUGGUAAUGAAUUAUCAUUGAAUGUAGCUUAUAAACAAGCAACUGCAUUUAGCAUGAGAGCAAAAAAAAAACCUCUUCGUUCAGCUUCUUUUGCUUAUAUGGAGUCGCUAUGUGAUAAAAUUACAACCAAAUACA